AUUAGUGUUUUUUUUUAAGUUAAGUGUCUUUUUUUAGUGAAAUGGAUCCCAAUAAUCAUUUUAACACUCAAAAUUCUGCUAAUUUUCCAUUUAACCAAAAUCCCAACAAUUUUCAAAAUCCCAACAAUUAUCAAAAUCCCAACUAUUAUCAAAAUCCAAAUCAAUUUUCCAACCAACAUCCUCAAAACAUACCUAGUUUUGGUUUUCCACCAAAUUUCAACCAGUCAUCCUCUGUUCCAAACUUUCAACCAUAUUAUGGAUCUAUGCCGAGAAAUCCAUCUCAAACACCCCCGUUUAAUGGUUAUGUGACAAUGGCGAAUGCAAAUUUUCCAAGUGGUGGUGUACCUGAAUUUCCCGAGUUUUCAACACAACUAACUAUUGGUGGCAUGAUAGUUUCUAAUGAAGUCGCUCCAAAUUCAGAGGAUUCAACUCCUAAGAGCAGGAAAACUCAGCAACCAGCAUGGAACACUGAACAAAAUUUGGUGCUAAUUAGUGGGUGGAUUAAAUUUGGAACAAGCAGUGUUGUCGGGAGAAACCAGAAAGGUGAAACAUAUUGGGGUAAAAUUGCUGAGUAUUGUAAUGAGCAUUGCUCAUUCGAUCCUCCGCGUGAUGGACCUGCAUGCCGAAACCGUUUUAAUUAUAUGAACAAAGUGUUGGGUAAAUGGAUUGGCGCUUAUGAUGGCGCUAAGCGUAUGCAAGGAAGUGGUUGGUCGGAGAAUGAUGUUUUGGCAAAAGCGCAGGAAUUAUAUGCAUGUGGGAAGAAUGUUAGAUUCACUUUAAUGGAAGAAUGGCACGCUCUCCGUGAUCAACCACGUUAUGUUAGUCAAGUAGGAGGAAAUAUUGGCUCAGGAAAGCGUAGAAACAAAAUAUCGGAAGAUAAUGCACCUCGUAGUAGAAAAUAUCUCAAUAGAGAUCAUGCAGCGGCAAACCAAAGACUAAUUGACGACUACUUUGCCAAUGAGCCUACAUAUGGCGAUGCAAUGUUUCGUCGUCGGUACCGGAUGAAAAAAAAUGUUUUCCUUCGAAUCGUUGGGGACCUUUCAAGUAGUGAUAACUACUUCACCCAGCGAGUUGAUGCAGCCAAUAAAGAAGGUAUAUCACCCUUAGCAAAAUGUACCACAGCAAUGCGAAUGUUAGCAUAUGGUGUUGCAGCAGAUGCGGUCGAUGAGUACAUCAAAAUAGGAGGUACUACAGCAUUGGAGUGCUUACGUAGAUUCUGUAAAGGAAUCAUACGCUUGUACGAGCAAGUGUAUCUGAGAGCACCAACCCAAGAUGACCUGCAAAGAAUACUGCAUGUUAGUGAAAUGCGGGGGUUCCCAGGGAUGAUUGGGAGUAUUGACUGCAUGCACUGGGAGUGGAAAAAUUGUCCUAAAGCAUGGGAAGGACAGUUUACUAGAGGGGAUAAGGGAACCACCACAGUUAUUCUUGAAGCAGUUGCAUCUCAUGACCUAUGGAUCUGGCAUGCCUUUUUUGGAUGUCCGGGAACGUUGAACGAUAUAAACGUUCUAGACCGGUCACCAGUGUUUGAUGACGUGGAACAGGGAAAGGCUCCAAGUGUGAAUUUCUUUGUGAAUCAACGUCCAUAUAAUAUGGCAUACUAUCUAGCUGAUGGUAUCUACCCUUCUUAUCCAACUUUCGUCAAAUCGAUUAGACUUCCUCAAAGUGAACCCGAUAAAUUAUUUGCAAAAUUUCAGGAGGGAUGUCGGAAGGACAUCGAACGUGCAUUUGGAGUGCUCCAAGCUCGAUUUAAAAUCAUCCGUGAACCAGCUCGCUUGUGGGACAUAGCUGAUUUGGGUAUCAUCAUGAGGUCAUGCAUCAUAUUACAUAAUAUGAUUGUUGAGGAUGAACGAGAUUCAUAUUCUCAACGUUGGACCGAUUUUGAGCAAUCUGAGGAAAGUGGAUCUAGUGCACCACAACCAUACUCGACCGAGGUGUUACCCGCUUUUGCAAAUCAUGUGCGUGCUAGAUCAGAGUUCCGUGAUCCAAAUGUUCAUCAAGAAUUGCAAGCUGAUCUAGUGAAGCACAUAUGGACAAAGUUUGGAAUGUUCCGUGAUUGAAUUAUUUGUGUGUUGUAUUGCAUUUUAAAUUAUUUGUAUCGUACUAAUUACGUUACU